AUGGUGCAGCUCGGGAGCGGCCGCCGAGCCCCCCCGCCGACCCCGGCCGCGCCGCCGGCCUUCAGCAUCGCCAGCAUUCUGCAGCCCGGCCCCUGCCGCCCAUCCCAGGAGCAGGGCAGAGCCCGCUGCGCCCCGCCGGAGGAAGAGGAGGAGGAGGAGGAGGAGGAGGGAGAGGGGCCUGCGGAGCAAGACCCCAAUAAAGGCUCCAGAGACUCGGGCAGCGAGUCCAGCCGGCUCCGGGCAGAAGGGACGAGCCGUGGCCUCCGCCGCGAGGCCGAGGGUUGGGAUGCGGCGUCCUCGCUCCCCAAGGAGAGGCUGCGCUCCCCUCGGCAGCCACCGACGCGAGAGGCCGGAGGCUGCGGCGCGGAGAACGGGAGGUUGCCGACGGCUGGCGGCAGGAAGAAGACGCGGACCAUCUUCUCCAAGAGCCAGGUGUUCCAGCUGGAGUCCACCUUCGACGUGAAGCGCUACCUGAGCAGCUCGGAGCGGGCCGGGCUGGCCGCCGCGCUGCAUCUCACCGAGACCCAGGUGAAGAUCUGGUUCCAAAACCGCCGCAACAAGCUCAAGAGACAAAUGUCGUCCGAGGCGGAGGGCCCUGGGCCGGGGCCGGCGGAGCCCCCCGGGGACCCGCCGCCCCCCGCCACCGCCACGUCUCUUUCCUUCCCGGCCCUCUACAAGGACAGUCCCCUGCUCAGUCGGUGCUUGCUACCGCUGCCUUUGCCCCUGCUCUGUCCGGGCAGCGCCAUCCCCUACCUCUGCCUCCCCGGGCCGGGCAAACACUUCAGCCUGUUGGACGGGGACGUAUAG